GAUAAGCUUGAUGCUUCUACUGGACUACUCGGCCGAGCUUCGCGCGCUGCACCCGAUGCUGACACUUCUUGGGCCCGACGAAGGGGAGAGCAAGUCGUUCUGUAUUGUGGUCCUGGCCAGCGAGGCCGUCGUGAUCGUCGCUACCACGGCGUGGCACCCAAAGGUCCAAAGAAGUGCCGUAGGUCGCCCCUUGUCGCGAGUCCUUCUCUACACCGAGCCUUCGGACCCUGGCAGUCGCAACUUCUGGCCACCCUGGCGCUUGCAGAGGGGCGGCUUCGAGGCCGUUUCCGAGAUCUGCGGAAGUGUACGCAGGUUCUUGAAGACCUGGCAAGGCCGUCACUGGAUUAUGGUUGUGAAUGCCUGCAUCAGUACCGCGGUGUGCAUGUAUCAGUAUGUGCAGUCGGACUCCAGCCCACGGGAAACCUUGCUGGCAGUGGUUCUUUGCUUCGGCCUGCUUUCAAUAUUUACCAGCGCCUUCGCCUUGUCAUCUGAUUCCUUCCAGUGGGAACAGAAGCUGGAUCGGCAUUUUCGCUGGAGCGUACUGUGGAAGGUCGAUAUGCUAGCCAGCAAGGUCGUGUUGCUGGCCAUACCUCAAGCCAGCUCAGUGGUGCAGAUGGACUCUAUCAUGAGCUGUGGUUUCGAUACUUUCUGUCCCAGUCACUGCCUGGAUCAAGGUGGAUACUGCACACGCUCCAACAUUGCAGGCAGCCCGGUGUGCAAGUGCAGCAAGCGAGAGGUGAACUGGGCUGUAUACGUCCUGACUGCCAUUACCAGCUUCCUACUCUGCAUGCUCAC